AUGUCGCGGCUGUGGGUAAAAACCGACAGCGGACAUUUGAUGAAGCUGAACGACGCUCAAAAAUCUGCUUUCACAAGCGUUGGCACGAGCACCGGCAAGCACGUCCAGCCGGGUGAUAGUCGACUGAGAAAAGUUUCGUCGCGCUCCAGGGCGGGUCGACUAGUGACAACGAGGACCGCCUGUCGGGAGGUCACUGAGGAAGCCAGAAUCGUCGGAUCAGACUUCAAGCCUCACAUGUGA